UAUAAAGGAUGAAAGUGGAAUUUAAAUUAAAAAAAGAAUGAUUCGUAUCUCUUCGACGUUUCUUCCUCCUUCACCCUCUCCUCGUCAUUGUAGAUCAAGCUCCUCCUCUAUAAGUCGCCGCUAAUUUAAUAGCCGGAGAUAGUCUCCGAUCGUCGACCGAUCUCUUUAUACAUGAACAUGGGACAAAAGAGAUUGAUGUUCUUCCUGGCAAUUUUCGCUGUUCUUCUCUCCUUCUCAAGUGGAAGAGGUGUUCUCAAGUUGAAGAGCGAUGAUGGUCGACAUGUUUACAACCAUACGCUUACUCUAACACUUGUGGAGUAUGCUUCUGCGGUCUAUGUGUCUGAUUUGACAGAACUAUUUAAUUGGACUUGUGAAAGAUGCAAUGGUUUGACAAAGGGUUUCGAAGUAAUAGAGAUAAUAUUUGACGUUGAGCAUUGCCUACAGGCAUAUGUUGGGGUGGCAAAGGAUUUGAAUGCUAUCAUUAUUGCAUUCCGAGGAACUCAAGAACACAGCAUACAAAAUUGGGUCUCAGAUUUAUUCUGGAAACAGCUCGAUCUAAAUUACCCUGACAUGCCAGAUGCAAUGGUGCAUCAUGGCUUCUAUAGUGCUUAUCACAAUACAACUCUACGGCCUGCAGUUUUGGGUGCAGUAGAACGAGCGAAGAAAUCCUACGGGCCUAACAUCAACAUCAUUGUGACUGGUCAUUCAAUGGGAGGAGCCAUGGCUGCCUUUUGUGGACUAGACCUAGUAAAUGAAGGAGAAGAAAACGUACAGGUCAUGACAUUUGGGCAACCUCGUGUCAGGAAUGCUGCUUUUGCAUCUUAUUACAGUUUGCUCGUGCCUAACACCUUCAGGAUCACGCAUGAGCAUGAUAUGGUUCCUCAUCUGCCUCCUUUCUAUAAUAUUUUUCCUCAGAAAACAUACCACCACUUCCCAACAGAGGUGUGGGUGAGAGAUCUCGGUUAUUCGAAUCUUGUUCUUGCUAGUGUAGAGAAAGUUUGUGACAACACUGGUGAGGAUCCUACAUGCAGCAGAUCGGUGGUGGGGAAUAGCAUUUCAGACCAUUUAAAGUACUUCGGGAUAGACCUGAGGUGUGUGACGUGGAGACAGUGCACGAUAGUGAUGAGCCCUGAGAUGGAUAGAUACAGCAGGAAAGAUUCAAAGGGCAACCUAGUAGUGUCACGGACACUUCCUUCCACGAAUGUUAACGAAACAAAAACUCUCCUCGAAAAUGGGACUGUUUGAGUUCUAGAGGUGUCGGUGGACUUUGAGUCAAAAGCUUUGAAAGGGAAGGUGCAUAUGUGGAGAAAGAAGAAUGGGUCGUUGAUUCUUUGUGGGCUCCGGUAAGAAAGAAAGGAAGAAAGUGUGUAGAUAAUAACAAAAGACUUCUGUAAAUAAGUCGUAGGUUAAACAGCGCAGGUGUAGUUGGAACUUGUAAUUAAGUCAUAGGUUUAAAUCUAUGUUCACAUUCCAAUUAUGUAAAAGUGUAUAUAGAUAUUGUGACAUCUGGCUGAUAACUGUAUAGUUUUGAUGUGAUCACUCAACAAACAAA